AUGAACUUAUGCGUGGAAAAGUUUGUGACGAAUACCGAGAUGGGAGACUGCCCGCCUUCUUCAUCUGGAAACGUUAGCGUCGUCAUGCCGUGCCUUUGCGACUCUGACUGUCCAAAAGACGUUGGAAUGCUGCGAGCACACUCGAGAGGGCUCAUUUGUCUUGCCCCUGUCUCACCAAUACAACCGAUGACGCUUAUUUGUGGCGUAAAUGAGCAAUUCUCCGCCUGUCACACUCCGUGUCAACCGUCCUGCGAUGAUCCCACUUUGGCGCCGUGCCCACCACCCACCUGCGUACCCGGUUGUCACUGUCAG